AUGUCUGAUCAUGGAGCAUCUACUACUUUAAAUGACAUUAUAGAUGAGUUAAAACUAACAUAUGACUCAUCUAUUGGGGUUUUAGAUGGAGAUUCAAUCAGAAAUAUACCAAAUGUAAAUACAUUAUUAAAUUUAAAUAAAUUAUUUAAUAAUUUAUGGAAACAACUAAAUGAAAUUGAAAAUACUGAUGAUGAAAUAUUGAACAAAAUAGCGGCAUUGACUAACAAGAAUGAUGGAAAACGGCGUUUGGAAGAAGAAGAUGAAAAUGAAAAUGAAGAAGAAUCAAAAGAUGUCAAAGAUGAAGACAAUGAACCACAUAAAAAAAGGAAGUUGGGAGAAGAAAUAAAUUCAAAAGAUGAUCCAGUACCCCCAGUUCAAACUGGCUCCUACACACAAGAAAACGAUACAAGAUUAAAGAAUCCAAAAUCGGAAUAUGUUGAACCACAAACAUUAUCAGCAGAAGCAAUAUCAGCAUUAGGAUUAUUUUCAGAAUCAAAUAAUGGGUUAGAAACUCAUGGGAAAGAAUAUCUCAAAAAGAAAUAUGGAGUUGCAUCAUAUCCAGAAAAUGAUUUAUUAAAUUUAUUACCUGGUAAGAUUCCAAAUAUUGAUUUUUCAAAAAAUAAACCACCAACAAAUCAAGUACAAUUUACAACUUUCCAAUCGUAUAUAGAAUCAUAUUUUAGAUUAUUUGGUAAUGAUGAUAUUAAAGCUUUAAAUGAAAGAAAUAUCAUACCUCCAGGUUUUGAAAAAUUAGGUUAUGAUCCCGAUGUCUCACCUUUUAUAAUACCUAAAUUGGGUAGAUUUUAUUCAGAUGUUUGGACGGAAGAAGAUCCUUCACUAGCUGCAAAAUUAAAUACUCCAGCAGCCAAUUCAGCUUCAUCAAUUGAUAAUUAUGUGGCUAGAGGAUCAAUAAAUUCAUUGACUGAUGAGAACUUAUAUACUGAAGAUAUAUCUUGUGGUCCAUUAUCAAGUAGAUUAUUAUCUGCAAUACUAAGUAAUCAUGAAGGUGGUGGAGAAUUAGAAGAAAAAGAAUCUUUAGACGAUGAAGUAGCAACACAAUUAAAUAGUGGAGAAGAUUAUAAAAUCACUACGGAAGUAAAUGAUUAUCAAUCUAUAGAAGAUAGAUUGAAAAGAGAAUUAAAAUAUAUUGGUAUAUUUAUGAAUUUACCCAUUAAUGAUGAUAAAAAGAAAAGAAACCCCAAAAUAAGUAUAAUUGAUAAUGAUGAAUGGAUAAAAAAUAAAGAAGAUGAUGAAGUAUGUGCAGAAAUAAGAGCAUUACAAAAGGAAUUAAGAGAAGUAGUAAGUAGGAAUAGAGCAAAUAAAAAACAAAUACUACCAAUGAUUGAAGAUCAUAUAGCAUAUCAAGAAUAUAGUACAAUAUUAGAAGAUUUAGAUAGACAAGUUGAUCAAGCAUAUAUUAAACGUUCAAAAGGUAAAGGUAAAAAGAAAAAAAUUGAAAAUAAUACUCCUCAACAACAAGCUGUAAAUAGUGGGUUAAGAGCAUUAUUAGAAAAAAGAAAAAGAUGGAUUGAUAAUAUUGGUAAUUUAUUCCCUCCAGCUGAAAAAAUGAAAAGAGUACCUGAUGAUUCAAUAAUUAUAAAACAAGGUGAAGUUGAAAAUGAGGAAGAAGAAGUAGUUGAUGAAGCUAAUGAUUUGUUUAAACAGUAG